AUGCUCAUCCCUGGCAUUCAAAGCAUAAAUUGCUUUUGUGUUUCUACUUUGCUCUGUAUCCUGAACAAGUCCUGGCAAAUACAUAAAUCCAUAAUUUUACCUUUUCUUAUAUUUUUUUUUUUCUCCUUUUUUGUUUGUUUGUUUGCCUUUCAUCUCCAGAGCGCCAACCCUUUUUAUUGGACCUGCCAGCUGUACAGAAAAUGGGAUUCGUGCCUGGUGCUGCUGAGCAGCUGCCUCUCCAAGGUGGGCAGGGGUGAGGAGCUGGUUCUUGGGAAGCCUCUCCCGGAGUCCCUUUUCCACAAAAGGUCCUUCCGCAACGGCGUCGGAGCGGGAAUUAAAAAAACUUCCUUCCGAAGGGCAAAGCCCUGAGAAAAUGUCCCAAAACCCAGCCCAGGUUUUGACAUCUGAUGUUGCAGUUGUUGUUUCGAGUUCCUUUUGAUGCUUUUCUCUGACAUACUCACAUUUCAGUCGCCAGGCGUCGGUGUCCGAGCGCCGCGAGCCGAGCGGAGCGCUCGGGAAGGGCUUUGUUCCCAAAGUUACAGUGGCAUAAAGUUUUGUCUCGAAAUGAAUGUUUUCAUGUGCUUGAUUUCCCUCCUUUGUCGGCCUACAGUUUUGAAUCAAGCUGCUCUUUGAUUAAUACAAAGAUAAUCCCAUUGUUGAGGAGAUGUGCGCACGCGGCCUGUGGGGAGGACGGAGUAUUCCC